CCGAAACGGAGCGAGACAGCGCAAACGUGCAUAAGGUAAAGACCAAACGAGUUUAGUUUGGUCUUCUUUGGACAGGCCCAGUUUUCUUUCACACGCCACGCCCCUACGCCAACCCCGCUCCAAAAGAAAUAUCUCUCAACUCUAAUUCUCCUCUUCAAAUUCCACUCUGAUCUGAAGCUGGCACCACCUCACCAAUUUCGGGUUACUGGGGCAUCUAUAUGAUGCGUGGACUCUAGUUCCUUCUUAAUUACGUUCUUUUCCCCUUAAUAUUCAGUACAGAUCUGGGGUUUGCUGUGUUUCUUUCUCAGUUUAGUGAUUAAGCCCAAUUUUCAUUUGAAUUGUUUUUCCUUUUUCUAAUUGGGGGUUUUUUUGUUAUUCCUGUUCUGGAUGCUAGGCUGGAGCUUAUGGAAAUUACGUACAAAGCACGUGUAUGUACAUAAAUAGAGAUAGGUGUAGUUUGUAAUUUUUGCUGUGAGGUGGGUAAUAAAUACAAUGCGGUUGUUUCCAAUUCCAUCGAGCUCUGAUGGUUCACCGAGGUCGAGGGAGGAGAGCAACGGGGAGAAAAACUCCGCGUUUUUAUACCUAAAUAUAUAUGAUCUCACACCUGUAAACAACUAUCUUUAUUGGUUCGGCCUAGGAAUCUUUCAUUCGGGUAUUGAAGUACAUGGUUUGGAAUAUGGCUUUGGAGCCCAUGAGUAUCCAACCAGUGGAGUGUUCGAGGUUGAACCAAGGAGUUGCCCCGGUUUUACUUUUAGGCGCUCAGUCCCUUUGGGCAGAACUAACAUGUCUCGUUCAGAGUUGCAGUUGUUUAUGGAGCAAAUUUCCAGCAAAUAUCACGGGGACACAUACCAUUUGAUUGCCAAGAAUUGCAAUCAUUUUACUGAAGAAGUAUGUUUGCUUCUAACUGGAAAGCCUAUCCCUGGGUGGGUGAAUCGCCUUGCCCGAUUAGGCUCUUUCUGCAACUGUAUACUGCCUGAGAACAUUCAUGCAACGACAGUCAGACAUGUACCUGAUCAUCUUACAUAUCCAGAAGAUGGAUCAGAUUCUGGCUCAUCUUUAUCGGCGGAGUGUGAAGAGGAGGAUGUAGAUCAUCAUCUGCUGACCACACCAAAUAGUGACGUCUCCUUUUUGAAAGGAAAACCAGUCAGGCUAGCAAAAGAUAUGCUUUGACUUUUAUUUGUAUUCUCGAUCAAAUUCAUUUAUUGUUGUAUUGAGCUCGUGUUGUCUGUCUGUACUAGUAGCAUGUAAAUCUUCUUUCUAUACAUUAAAAACACGUGUUUCAGCAUUUCUAGGCUUGGCGAUCAUAUAAGCCUCGGGAUUCAUGCUCUCAAAAUAUACUUAAGAGGACCUGAGGUUGGAUUUUGCACAUGUAACACUGAUUUUUGGUCUAUAUGUUGUGCUGUUUGGAUGUCAAAA